AUGAAUCUUUCGACUACUUCGAAUGCGAAUAUUGAUCAAUCAACAAUCAAUGCUACGAGUACAGGAGGAAAUCAUCAAUUGAAAAAUCAACAUAUCAAUAAACCCAUUGAUAAAUACGAUAUCGAAGAUAUUACCAGUCGACUGAACGCAUCAAAAGCGAAGACUGUCGCCUAUUGUCGAUGUUGGCAAUCAAAAAAAUUUCCAUUUUGUGAUGCUACUCACAGUACGUGGAAUAAGCAAACGGGUGACAAUGUUGGUCCACUGAUUAUUACAAAAAAAAGUGGAUGA